UACCAACUCCGGUCAGCAGGGGGCGAUGUGGAGACUAUUUGCGUGACGUAGAAAAUAGUGGACAUGACGUCGCAAACCAACAACAACAAAGAUGGAGGCACGUUACCUCGGCGGUCAGCUAGCUAUUCCAGCGCCGCCGACCACCAACCGGUCCCAGACAUGAGCUCUCUAAGCUACUUCACCCCGGCCCGAGAAGAAGAGCUGCUGUGGUCGGGAAACGCAGGCGCAGCCACCGGACCUCAACCCAGCACCCUCGGAGGAGAGGAGGCACGGCGCUUCUAUCAAAGCCUCAUAGAAGAAGGGGAUGGAGAGGAGAGACGAGGAAUGGAGCAGAGGGGGAGAGAGAACCGCAGGGGGAGAAGAGCGGGGCAGCACGUCCAGGCUAGCAGGCAGCAGGCUAACACCACCAGCACUACCACAGAGCUGGAGGGGCUAAGACUGCUGCGUUGUGCCCAGGAAGGAGACCUGUCUGGGGUGAGAGGCCUGCUGUCCCGGGGGGUGGAUGUCAACUUCCAGGACAGCUGGUGGUGGACAGGUGUGAUGUGUGCAGCGGCGGCAGGGCAGCGGGGUGUCGUUAGGCUCCUCCUCCAGCAGGGGGCGGCGUGGGUGGGCGUGGUCGACACGCAGGGCCGGGACGCCAGGGAGCUGGCUAGGAUGGCGGGGCAUAGCGGGGUCCUAGAGGAACUGGACCACUACGGGUCUCCGCAGGACUGUGACCGGCCUGGGAGACAGAGGGGUCAACACAACCAUUACAGGAGAGAGACGCAGGACCACCAGGACCACAGGUUAGUGACUGACUGGGAGACAGAGGGGUCAACACAACCAUUACAGGAGAGAGACGCAGGACCACCAGGACCACAGGUUAGUGACCUGACUGGGAGACAGAGGGGUCAACACAACCAUUACAGGAGAGAGACGCAGGACCACCAGGACCACAGGUUAGUGACUGACUGGGAGACAGAGGGGUCAACACAACCAUUACAGGAGAGAGACGCAGGACCACCAGGACCACAGGUUAGUGACCUGACUGGGAGACAGAGGGGUCAACACAAUCAUUACAGGAGAGAGACGCAGGACCACCAGGACCACAGGUUAGUGACUGACUGGGAGACAGAGGGGUCAACACAAUCAUUACAGGAGAGAGACGCAGGACCACCAGGACCACAGGUUAGUGACACAAUCCCUGACCUGGUCAGGUGUGGUGAAUAUAGACAUGAGAUGAUGCUGCGCUCCGGAUGGACCCCUGGAGGGGGGCUGGGGCCCGAAGGGGAGGGUCAUAAACAGCCGGUCCGGACCGUCCUGAAGAGGGACAGUAGAGGCCUGGGGUACGGACCCACACCCCGACCCAAGGUCACACACUUCCAACCCAAAGACCCGCAGGCAGUCAGACGGACGGGGAAGGAGGGUCGGGGGGAGAGGGGGAGGAGGGGGAUGAAGGAGGAGAGCAGGAGGGAGGAGAAGGACAGGAACUGGGAGAGGGACUUCCGCUCUUCCUUUAACACCUUUGACCCCUGACCUCUAAAUGCUGACCCAGGGACACCUGUUGUAGUCAGUUUCUCUCUAGUGUACACUCUCUCUCUCUCUCUCUCUCUCUAGUGUACACUCUGCUCUCUCUCUCUAGUGUACACUCUGUGCUCUCUAUCUAGUGUGCACUCUGUGCUCUCUCUCUGUCUCAAAGGGUCUGAAUAUUAUGUAAAGUAUUUCAACUUUUUCUAUUUGUAAUAAAUUUGCAAGCAUUUCUAAAAA